AUGUCUUUUUUUGGGUUUGAUCCAAGCGUGCCGCCGCACCUACGCCAACAGAACCUGAACCAAGAGAGUUAUGAUUUCCAGGACACUUAUGAUGGUUUGGGAGAUGGCGGUGCCGACGAUGCGUUGAACGAUGAAACUUUUGGAGCAACCGAACCGGCAAAGGAUUUUGCUUUUGCCAAUGGAAACCACUCCCAGCCGGCGCCCGUACCCUCGCAGACCCUCAGCUAUGCUCAAGCAGCCACUCAUCCCAUUAAUGACGAUGAGUUCAUGAACGAUCUUUGGGGUGCUGGCAACGCACCUGCCACUCAACCUCGUCAACAACAACCUCCGAUGCAGCCAAUCCAGCAACGGGGACAGCCGCAAGAACGCACGGUGUUGUCUUUGGACGAAAUCGAAGCGCAAUUGACUGCUAUUGACCAUCGCACCCAACAACCUCACCAGCCUCCACAUCCAUAUAUGAUGGGUGGAAUGAUGCCUCCGGGCUACGGUGGCUACAUGAUGCCUAUGGGUCAGUAUAUGCCGCCUCCGGGCCAGUUUGGAUAUCCUAUGCAGCAGCAUAUUCCUGCUCAGCAGAUGCACCAACAGAUGCCCAUGCCCAUGCAAGGACACCCACAGGCACUCCAAACGCAGCAAAUGCACCCUCAGAUGCCACCCCAGGCUCAAUUGCAACAAGCGCAGCAAGUGCAGCAAGUGCCACAGCAAAUUCCACCACAACUGGCUCCGCUGGCACUGGCUCCAGCAACCCAAGCUCCUGUUCCUCAACCGGAAUCUGGUUCUCUGGCAGGGGUUUCUACUUCUGCUUCCGCUUCUGCCUCUGGCUCCGUGGGUGCUGACGUUUCGACGAUUUCCACCGAACCCAAAGACUUGAACCAGUUCCCACUUUUGGGUGCUAAACUGUCUUCCAAGGCUGCACCUCGUCGCUUAAGCUUUGCUGAAAUGACCCCAGAACAACAGGCAAAAGCCACCAAGAGACACGAAAAGGUCGCUCGUAUCAUGAACUACUCUGGUAUCAUGAACCCCAAGGACAAGGACUUUGUCACUAGAUUCCAAUUGUCGCAAAUUGUUACGGAUGAUCCCUACAACGAGGAUUUUUACGCUCAAGUUUUUAAGGUGAUCCACCCCAAGGCCAAUGCAAACCCUCUGCAGCAACAGGCCGAUCAGAACAACUCGAUUGCUCAAGCGUAUUUGGAUCAAAGUGGCCACAGAUUGGGAGGCCGUUAUAAGAGGGCCGAUGUCGCUUUACAAAGAAUGCAGCAGCAGAUUCAAAAGGCUGUUACCGUUGCCAAGGAAAGACCAAAGCUCACUCAAUAUGCGAGAGAAGGUGCGUUGGGUAAAAUUUCGUUUGGAAGUGGAAAGAAGCCAAGACAACAAUUGGAAAUUCUCAGUAAGGCAGCUCAAAGAGAAAAGAGUGAAGCUGAAGGAGGUGUCAAACUGACUAAUACUCAGCUGAGAAAGACAUACUCGCACAAGGAUAUCAUGAGUAUCAUUGAGACUGUCAUCAACAAUAUCAUGACAAUCGAAAGUGCCUCGAGAACGAACCCCGACGUAGAUACUACCGAUCUUUGGGAGUCUUUACACAUUCUUGACCACCCUUCGACAUCGGGCGACGAGGAGUCUACGAUCAAUCCUUUCAUCCAGGCUUUAAGCUUUAACAAGAUGCUCAAGAUUUUGCCUCGUUUGUUCAAGUUCUUGACCCGUGAACAGGUCUUGACCAUAACCACCUUGAUCAUGUCCAACCUUGAAAACUUGCUGGUGAUCAAACAUGGCUCCUACACAACUUACCCAGACCAAGUUGUACCUUCCAAGAUCUUGAAGUUGGUUGAACACUACACUUUGACGUUUUCUAAAGUGUUGAUGAACGCAGUUCAGGAAUUCAAAUUCAACGAAAUCAUUGGCUUGUUGAUGAUUUUGAUCGAACACAACAACGUCUCUUUCGUCUCUACCACAAAGAUCGGAUUGUCCGUCAUCACUACCUUGUUAUCUCGAGCUGAAUUGAUCAAGGGUGAGGGACAAAUUUCCGCUACUGACUUAUCUGAAUGGUCUUCAUGUUACGAUGAACUUUUCUCCAACUUGGAAUCUAGAAUUGCUGCUAUCUUUCCUCCUCACCCUGAAGAUGUGGAUGACGGUUCGUCUCGUGAAAACUAUGUUUGGCAAUUUUUGGCUACUCUUUCUUUGGGAGGUAAAUUGAGCCACCAAAGAAUUAUCGUGGAUGAGGUACGAGAUGAAAUCUUUGGUGUUAUGAGCAGAGCCAAGGCUAUUGACAACUCGGACUUGGCUAAUCUCUACAAGAAGCAAAAUCUUUUGAACAAUUUGAACAUGUACUUGGUCGUAAUGGGCUUGGUUGCUGAUGAAACUGAGAUCAAGGAACUACAAUAA